UGAAAAUGACUGAAACCUUAUUUCUAUUAUUACUAUCAGAAUUGUAUUCUUUUCAACUGGCAUUCCCCCAGUUCCAGCACGUCUCCCUGUCCAGAAGCUAUGAAGAAGCAAAGGACUACUGCAGAGAGAUGUACACUGACCUGGCUACCGUUAACAACCUGACAGAUAUGGCCGACUUGAUGGCUUCUGUUCCAAAUACCACAGUCCGAGCGUGGAUAGGACUGGAGAUGGGAGAUGCACCGAAGUGGCACUGGGCUUGGCCUCAUCAAAAACUCAAUUUUUCUAACUGGAUGGCAGGAGAACCACAGGGCUUGGGCCAAAAUUCAUGUGCAGCCAUGAAUCUACUUGGUCAAUGGUUUGAGAGUGAUUGUGAACCCAAAAGGAGCUUUGUUUGUCAGGGCAACAUCAAUGACACCAGCAACUACAUUUUUGUUGCCAACACCAAAUCAUGGCGGGACGCCCAAAAGCAUUGCAGGGAUUUGUCCCUGGAUCUGGUUGGUGUGGGCUCAGCGGAAGAGAACGAGGAUGUCCGAAAUGUGUCCACAUCUCAGAACGUGUGGAUCGGCCUCUUCCGAGAUGCCUGGAAGUGGUCUGAUGGGAGCGAGUUGUCAUUCCGCCACUGGAAACCACAGCAACCAAACUCUGCUAAUCAGGAUUGUGUUGCUGCAGUGUUCAAAGAUGAAGGCCGCUGGAAAGAUCUGGGAUGCAGCAGCAAGCGCACCUUUGUCUGUCAGGGCCCCAGUAAAGUUGUACUAACCGGUCAGACGAGCACACAGGAGACACAAGGUGUCACAAUUCCGUCCACCAGCUCAUCUUCAGAGGAGAUACCCAAUAAUUCUACAGCAGCUACUUCAACACAACAAUUACGUUCAGGUAACCUGAUCUUAAUUCGUAAAAACAUGACCUGGAUGGAAGCGCUGGGUUACUGCAGAGAACACCACAUGGACCUCGUCUACAUCAGCGACCAGAGCGCUCAGGAUCGAGCGGCGGCAAUGGCGAGGAACGCUAUGUCGUCUCACGUCUGGCUCGGCUUACGCUACACUUGUAACUUCAACUUUUGGUUCUGGACCGGUUCAGCGGUGGACUGCUACCAGAACUGGGCCCCGGGACAAGGAUCGGAGGGUGCAAAUGGGUGCGGAGUCACUGGGGCCAUGGAAGCCACGGGGGGGCAGCAGUGGGUGGGCUUGGUUGAGACGCGGCAACUGAAUUUCAUCUGCCAGGACUGUGCUGGUUAAGGAAUAUUUUUGGGGUUAUUCUAGCGUUCUAUUCACACGUCUUUGUGAAGACGGAGCAGUGAAAAGACUUGAGGGCUGCCUCCUCCAUUGUUGAGGGUGAAUUUCAUUAAAUAUGCCAACAUUGUGGUGUGCAGGCCAACACAUUCAUGGGCAGAGAGAGUGACGUGAGAACAUUGAUCUGCUGCUUUCACUCAGGGGUUAAUAUUUGCAUGUUGACCCCAUUUGGAUAUAGGGCUCAAGAUGGUCUUUUUAGGACCACCAUGGCCCUGCUGCAGACUGCCUGCUGCCCCCACUGACCUGACCU